CUGUGGGUAGGAGACGGCCGUCGACGGAGGCGCCAUUUUGUGAGGCGGCCGUACCCUGUUGGAAUCCCUUGGCGCAAAACCGCUACUGCUGCUGCUUCCGUCCUUCCUGGGGGAAAAACAAAAUUUGAACCGUUUGGAGCAGUGUGCUAGAUCUUCAGCAGGACAAUGGGUUCAGACAAACGAGUGAGUAGAACAGAACGCAGUGGAAGAUACGGGUCCAUCAUAGACAGGGAUGAUCGUGAUGAGCGUGAAUCCAGAAGCAGGAGGAGGGACUCGGAUUACAAAAGAUCUAGUGAUGAUCGGAGGGGUGAUAGAUAUGAUGACUACCGAGACUAUGACAGUCCAGAGAGAGAACGUGAAAGAAGGAACAGUGACCGAUCCGAAGAUGGCUACCAUUCAGAUGGUGACUAUGGCGAGCAUGACUAUAGGCAUGACAUCAGUGAUGAGAGGGAGAGCAAGACCAUCAUGCUUCGCGGCCUUCCCAUCACCAUCACAGAGAGCGAUAUUCGAGAAAUGAUGGAAUCCUUUGAAGGCCCUCAGCCUGCGGACGUGAGGCUGAUGAAGAGGAAAACAGGUGUAAGCCGUGGUUUCGCCUUCGUGGAGUUUUAUCACUUGCAAGAUGCUACCAGCUGGAUGGAAGCCAAUCAGAAAAAGCUGGUGAUUCAAGGAAAGCAUAUUGCAAUGCAUUAUAGCAAUCCCAGACCUAAGUUUGAAGAUUGGCUUUGUAACAAGUGCUGCCUUAACAAUUUCAGGAAAAGACUAAAAUGCUUCCGAUGUGGAGCAGACAAGUUUGACUCUGAACAGGAAGUGCCCCCUGGAACCACAGAAUCAGUUCAGUCUGUGGAUUACUACUGUGAUACAAUCAUACUUCGAAACAUAGCUCCACACACUGUGGUGGAUUCCAUCAUGACAGCGCUGUCUCCCUACGCAUCCUUAGCUGUCAAUAACAUUCGCCUCAUAAAAGACAAACAGACCCAGCAGAACAGAGGCUUCGCGUUUGUGCAGCUGUCUUCUGCAAUGGACGCUUCUCAGCUGCUUCAGAUACUACAGAGUCUCCAUCCUCCUUUGAAAAUUGAUGGCAAAACUAUUGGGGUUGAUUUUGCAAAAAGUGCCAGAAAAGACUUGGUCCUCCCAGAUGGUAACCGGGUCAGUGCUUUCUCCGUGGCUAGUACAGCCAUUGCUGCCGCUCAGUGGUCUUCCACCCAGUCUCAGAGUGGCGAAGGAGGCAAUGUUGACUACAGUUACCUGCAGCCAGGCCAAGAUGGCUACGCCCAGUAUGCUCAGUACUCACAGGAUUAUCAACAGUUUUAUCAGCAACAGGCUGGAGGAUUGGAAUCUGAUGCAUCAUCUGCAUCAGGCACAGCGGUGACCACCACCUCAGCGGCUGUAGUAUCUCAGAGUCCCCAGCUAUAUAAUCAGACCUCCAAUCCACCUGGCUCUCCGACUGAGGAAGCACAGCCUAGCACUAGUACACAGGCCCCAGCCGCUUCCCCCACUGGUGUAGUUCCUGGUACCAAAUAUGCAGUGCCUGACACGUCCACUUACCAGUAUGAUGAAUCUUCAGGAUAUUACUAUGAUCCGACAACAGGGCUGUACUAUGACCCCAACUCGCAGUACUACUACAAUUCCUUAACCCAGCAGUACCUGUACUGGGAUGGAGAGAAGGAGACUUACGUCCUGGCUGCGGAGUCUAACUCCCACCAGCAGACAGGCCUACCUCCUGCAAAAGAGGGGAAGGAAAAGAAGGAGAAACCCAAGAGCAAAACAGCACAGCAGAUUGCCAAAGACAUGGAACGCUGGGCUAAGAGUUUAAACAAGCAGAAAGAAAAUUUUAAAAACAGCUUUCAACCUGUCAAUUCUUUGAGGGAAGAAGAAAGGAGAGAAUCUGCUGCAGCAGAUGCUGGCUUUGCUCUCUUUGAGAAGAAGGGAGCCUUAGCAGAAAGGCAGCAGCUCAUCCCCGAAUUGGUGCGAAAUGGAGACGAGGAGAAUCCCCUCAAAAGGGGUCUGGUUGCUGCUUACAGUGGUGACAGUGACAAUGAAGAGGAGCUGGUGGAGAGACUUGAGAGUGAAGAAGAAAAGCUGGCCGACUGGAAGAAGAUGGCCUGCCUGCUCUGCCGGCGCCAGUUCCCAAACAGAGACGCCCUGGUCAGGCACCAGCAGCUCUCAGACCUACACAAGCAAAACAUGGACAUCUACCGACGAUCCAGGCUGAGCGAGCAGGAGCUGGAAGCCUUGGAGCUGAGGGAGAGAGAGAUGAAAUACCGGGAUCGAGCUGCAGAAAGACGGGAGAAGUACGGCAUUCCAGAACCUCCAGAACCUAAGCGCAAGAAGCAGUUUGAUGCUGGCACUGUGAAUUACGAGCAGCCCACCAAAGAUGGCAUUGACCACAGUAACAUUGGCAACAAGAUGCUGCAGGCCAUGGGUUGGCGGGAAGGCUCAGGUUUGGGAAGAAAGUGUCAAGGCAUCACAGCCCCCAUUGAGGCUCAAGUCCGGCUAAAAGGAGCUGGCCUAGGAGCCAAAGGCAGCGCAUACGGACUGUCUGGUGCAGAUUCCUACAAAGAUGCUGUCCGGAAGGCCAUGUUUGCCCGGUUCACUGAGAUGGAGUGAGACUCAGAGAGGAUGAGAGAGAGAGAGAGAGAGAGAGAGAGAGAGAGAGAGAGAGAGAGAGAGACAGAUAUGACAAGGAGCUCCAGAGAGCACAAGGAGUGCUCCAUCUCUUGAAUUCACUCUGACCACCUUUCUGUUUAAGGGCAUGCCUUGUGCUGUUAAUAGUUUUUAGGGCAAACCACUUCAUUCUGCAAGGUUCUCCCACUUAAAGGAGUUCCCCUCAUAUGGAUUAUCUGGUGAAUGGCCUGCCUUCCUGCCAGAGGGCUCGUGAGCUGGCCAAGGGGACAGUGGGUCUUUUAUACUUCAGUGUACAUAGUGUAAUUGUAGUGUGUUUUACAUGUGUAGCCUAUGUUGUGGUCCAUCAGCCCCUUGCAUUCCUAGGGGGUGUUGAGAUGCCCUAGGGUGGUAUGUAACACCAAAGCCGCCUCUGUCAUUUGUUGUGCUGUCUUUUCUCGGCAAAAGCCUUGUGUAUAUUUGUAUAUUACACAUUUGUACAGAAUUUUGGAAGAUUUUCAGUCUAGUUGCCAAAUCUGGCUCCUUUACAAAAGAAAUACCUUGAAAAAUG